ACGAAUUGUUUUUGUUGUUCGCCAAGCAGCGUAGACCAGAGAGAAAGAGCGAGAGAGUUCUGUGUUUGUCUGAGAGAGAGAGAGAGAGAAAGUGAAAGCAAGCUGUCCAGUAAGCUCAGCUAAGCUUAGAGCUUGCAGAGUGUGGAACCUAUAAGAAGAACUUAAACCUCUUCUUCCGCUUAACCUCUUUCAGAGUGAGAAUUGAUACAUGGGUUCAAUGACAGAACCAACGCCUGAGAGCAACCAUAGGAAGCCCCUUGGAAUCCGGUUCUUAGAAUACAUCAACGGAACCACCCUUUCCUUCAAAACCUACCAAGCCAUUGUUUUGAUUGUAACAUUUUUCGCAUACGCGAGCUACCAUGCCACUCGAAAAACCACAAGCAUUGUUAAGAGCACCCUUGAUCCCCAAUCAUCAGAUUUGGGAUUGCAGCUCUACCCAUGGAGGAUAACUUACUUGCAGGAACCAGCUAGACUUUCGUGGAUGCUUGGAGAUGGUUGGGCUCCAUUUAAUGGAUCAGAUGGGACGGCCUUGCUUGGAGAACUCGAUGUUGCUUUCCUCUCAGUUUAUGCUGUGGGAAUGUACUUCUCUGGACAUUUGGGGGACAGAAUGAAUUUAAGGAUCUUCUUAACAGUGGGAAUGGUGGGAACUGGUUUGUUUACUUCGCUCUUUGGCAUUGGUUAUUGGGGAAACAUACAUAGUUUUAUCUACUAUUUGAUAGUCCAAAUGAUUGCCGGUUUGUUCCAGUCAACUGGAUGGCCUUCAGUGGUUGCAGUGGUUGGUAACUGGUUUGGAAAGAGCAAGAGAGGGCUAAUUAUGGGUAUAUGGAAUGCUCAUACUUCCAUUGGGAACAUUACAGGUUCUCUGGUUGCUUCUGCUCUAUUGAGCUACGGAUGGGGUUGGUCCUUUGUUGUGCCCGGUCUCAUGAUUGCUUUCAUUGGAUUGGUGGUUUUUCUUCUAUUGCCUGUUAAUCCUGAGUCUGUUGGAGCUGAUAGAGAUGAUGAUGAACUCCAUUCUCCCAAGAAAAUUGGCGAGGGAGUAGCACAACCUUUGUUAAAGUCAGAGACGGAGGUUAAGCAGAGAGCUGUGGGGUUCAUACAAGCGUGGAAAAUUCCGGGAGUUGCUCCCUUUGCUCUUUGCCUCUUCUUUGCCAAAUUGGUUGCUUAUACAUUUCUCUACUGGCUUCCGUUCUAUCUUACCCAUACAGCUAUUGAUGGCAAGUAUUUAUCUAGCUCAACCGCCGGAAACUUGUCUACAUUGUUUGAUGUUGGUGGUGUAGUUGGAGGAAUUCUAGCUGGCCACAUUUCGGAUCGCUUAAAUGCAAGAGCAAUAACAGCUGCGAGUUUCAUGUACUGUGCCAUCCCUGCUCUCUUCUUCUAUCGAAGCUAUGGACACGUUUCCUUGACGAUUAAUAUCAUUCUUAUGUUCAUCUCUGGCCUGUUUGUGAAUGGGCCAUAUGCUCUUAUCACAACGGCUGUAUCAGCUGACUUGGGAACCCACAGUUCAUUGGAAGGGAAUUCCCGGGCAUUGGCAACGGUGACGGCGAUUAUAGAUGGAACUGGCUCUGUUGGGGCUGCUAUUGGACCCUUACUAACAGGUUAUAUUUCUGGUACUAGCUGGACUGCAGUCUUCACCAUGUUGAUGGCAGCAGCUCUAAUUGCAGGGCUGCUUCUAACUAGGCUUGUUGUAGCCGAGGUGGCUGAAAAGAUUGAGGAGUCAAGGUCACAAGCAAGAUCUUCAGCACCAGCUCAUGAAGUGUGACUUUUUAAAGGAUACAGUGGUCAGUUAUGCUGCCUGUGUGUGAUUUUCUCGACAUUGUUGAUAAGCUGUAGCUCACUGCCUCUGCUGAUUGUAGGCAAAUGAAAAUGAAGAUCCUCUGUAGUAAUCAAAGAAAAGGAGAGGGCGUUUUUUUUUAAUCUUCUCCAUUUGUUUAGCUUGGAAUAUGGAGGGGAGAUUUUUUUUUUUUUUUUUUUUUUUUUUUUUUUUGAUAAAAAAGGGGGAUGUGGAGAGAAGUUGAGAUAUCUGUAUGUACAGUAUUUGUAUGUCCAUCAAAUUAAAGCAUAGCAUUUAUCCAGAAGGAUGACCAAUUCAGAAAAUGACCAUCUUCUCUCAA